CCCUGUAGUGUGCGGCGAUACCUUCAGUGUAGUUCACAGAAGCUGGGGCUUCUAACGAAAUCGUUCGUGUAAUUUGAUCUCCCCGUUUUUCUCAGUCGCUGUUGGUUGGUAGGGUCCUUGGCAGUUGCACAUGUGUGCUUGUCACAUUCGGAUUCUUUAUCCCCGGAGUCUAUGCUUUCAUUCCCGAGUCCUCUCGUUACGCUCCGCGUGUCCUGUGUCUGCAUUCCAAAACCCGUCCGCACUCUUGCUCGCAAUCUGCCCUGACAUUCCAAAAAAAAAAAAAAAAGCGGAAGCUUAGGAUAAUCAGUUUGACAUAACUACUGAUCGCGAGAAAAUAAUUAUUACUGCCGAUUCAAUCAUCAGCGAAGUGCGACGUUUCUAAGAAGUUGGACCAUCUCAGUGAAGUUUUGUUACAGCUGAUGACAAUUGGAUGCUUAACGAUAUUACAUCAGGAAUAGUAACACGAAUUUCAGACCUGGUUCAAGCUUUCAUGACUUUUGCCAGCCCACACUGUUUCCUAUGUAGGCCCUGAGCCCAGGGCUGGGUGGAGUCUCCAGUGAGCCGCAGGCUGCGUUGGACACAGAAUGCCCGCAGUAUGGAUGUGAAGGAACGUCGGCCGUACUGCUCACUGACGAAGGGCAGGCGGGAGAGGGAGCGCCGUUACACCGGCUCGUCGGCUGAGAGCGAGGAGUGCCGCGUGCCCACCCAGAAGUCCUACAGCUCCAGCGAGACGCUCAAGGCUUUCGACCAUGACUCCUCCCGACUGCUGUACGAGAACAGGGUGAAGGACAUGGUUCACAGGGAGGUGGACGAGUACAGCAGGCAAGGGCAGAAUUUCACCCUCAGGCAGCUGGGGGUAUGUGAGCCGGCCACGCGCCGCGGCCUGGCCUUCUGUGCAGAGAUGGGACUGGCCCACCGCGGCUACUCCAUGGGCGCGGGGUCCGACGCGGACGCGGAGAACGAGGGGGCCGUGUCCCCGGAGCGUGCCAUGGGGCUCUGGGCCCGCGGCGUGAAAUCGGGGCGGAGCUCCUGCCUGUCCAGCCGCUCCAACUCGGCCCUGACGCUGACCGACACGGAGCACGAGAACAAGUCGGACAGCGAGGGUGGUUCUCCCAUGCAAUCCUCCUUAUCCACUCCAUCUAUCAUUGAACAUUCACAUUCCCCGUCUCCGCCACCCGAUCGCCAUCACAACCAGAGGCAGGUGUUCAGUAGUGACACUGCCCCGCCCGUUCAGUCUGACUCCGAUGAAGAGUACUCUUCCAGCGUGUUUCUACCAGUAGCGCACACUGGCCAAGGCCCGUCUUGUAAUGAGCAACCGCCCAACCAACCAGGCCAGUCCGUGCUGCAGCCGGCCCCGCCCACGCACAAGCAGCACCCGUCCAUCACGUCGCUGAACCGAAACUCGCUGACCAAUCGCAGGACCCACAGCCCGGCCCCUCCGGCCGCCCUGCCCGCCGAGCUGCAAACCACACCCGAAUCGGUCCAGCUGCAGGACAGCUGGGUCCUGGGCAGCAAUGUGCCUCUGGAGAGCAGAAAAAUAGCAAAGCAAGCAGUUCUCGAAAAUGGGCAUGACAACCUAAUAGAGAUGGAUGUAUUCACUCCUGCGUGCCACGAGGGCGGCUAUGGGGACGGGCACUUCCUCUUUAAGACCUCCACUGGCACCACUCCCCUCUUCAGCACGGCGACGCCCGGCUUCACCAUGGCGACCGGGUCCGUGUACUCCCCGCCCACUCGCCCCCUGCCCAGGAACACACUCUCCAGAAGCGCGUUCAAGUUUAAGAAGUCCUCCAAGCACUGCUCCUGGAGGUGCACCGCCCUGAGUGCCGUGGGGGUGUCCGUCCUGCUGUCUGUCCUGCUCUGCUACUGCAUAGCCAUGCACCUGUUUGGCCUGAACUGGCAGCUCCAGGAGACGGAGAACUACGCGUUCGAGAACGGGCAGGUGAAGUCGGACGCCACCCCCACAAACACGGUGACGGUGAUCUCGGCAGACAGCGGGAAGCUGGGCGUGUUCCUGCAGGAGAACAACGCCAUCGACACGGGCGAGGUGGACGUGGGCCGGCGGGCCGCGCAGGAAGUGCCCCCGGGGGUCUUCUGGCGCUCCCAGCUCUACAUCGACCAGCCGCAGUUCCUCAAGUUCAACAUCUCCGUGCAGAAGGACGCCCUCGUGGGGGUGUACGGGAGGAAAGGGCUGCCCCCCUCCCACACGCAGUAUGAUUUUGUGGAACUUCUGGACGGCAGCCGGCUCAUCGUCAAAGAGAAGCGCAGCUUGAUUGAGUCGGAGGGCGGGGUCAGGAGGGCGCGAUCCGUCAACGUCCAUGAAGCCGGAUUCAUCCAUUACCUGGAAUCAGGAAUCUGGCACCUGGCCUUCUACAACGACGGGAAGAACACCGAGCAGGUGUCAUACAACACCGUCGUUAUCGAAUCUGCAAUGGAGUGUCCACCCAAUUGCCAUAGAAACGGAGAGUGUGUUUCCGGUACGUGCCACUGUUUCCCUGGGUUCUUCGGACUUGACUGUUCAAGAGCUGCCUGCCCGGUGCUGUGCAGCGGGAACGGCCAGUACACUAGGGGGCGCUGUCUCUGCUUCAGCGGCUGGAAGGGCAUCGAGUGCGACGUGCCCAACAGCCAGUGCAUCGACACCCACUGCGGCGGCCACGGGGUCUGCAUCAUGGGCUCCUGCACCUGCAACACCGGCUACAAGGGCGACCACUGCGAGGAAGUGGACUGCCUGGAACCAUCCUGCUCCAACCAUGGAGUGUGUAUCCAUGGAGAGUGCCACUGCAAUCCCGGCUGGGGCGGGAUCAGUUGCGAGAUCCUGAAGACCAUGUGUCCAGAUCAGUGCUCCGGUCACGGGACCUACCAUGCCGAAACCGGCACCUGCACCUGCAACACCAACUGGGCCGGGCCGGACUGUUCUGUCGAGGUGUGUGCGGUGGACUGUGGCUCUCACGGUGUCUGUGUGGGAGGGGCCUGUCGCUGUGAGGAGGGCUGGGGGGGCCCCGGGUGCGAGCAGAAGGCCUGUCACCCGCGCUGCUCCGAGCACGGCGUCUGCAAGGAGGGCAAGUGCGAGUGCAGCCCAGGAUGGAGCGGGGAGCACUGCAGCAUCGAGGGAUGCCCAGGUCUGUGCAACAGUAACGGGAGAUGUACUCUGGACCAAAAUGGCUGGCACUGCGUCUGUCAGUCUGGCUGGAGAGGGGCGGGGUGUGACGUCGCCAUGGAGACCCUCUGCACAGACGGCAAGGACAACGAGGGAGACGGUUUAGUCGACUGCAUGGAUCCCGACUGCUGUCUCCAGAGCUCGUGCCAGAACCAGCCCUUCUGCAACGGGUCACCUGACCCCAGUGAUGUCAUCGGACAGGGCCAGGCGCCAUCCCCUCCCGCCAAGUCCUUCUAUGACCGCAUCAGCUUCCUCGCAGGGAAAGACACCAGCCACAUCGUGACUGGGGACAAUCCCUUCAACAAGAGCCUGGUGUCUAUCAUCAGAGGCCAGGUCCUGACGGCAGACGGGACGCCUCUCAUCGGGGUCAACGUCUCCUUCGUGCACUAUCCGGAGCAGGGCUUCACCAUCACGCGGCAGGACGGCAUGUUCGACCUGCUGGCUAACGGUGGAGCCUCCCUGACCCUGAGCUUCGAGCGCUCGCCCUUCCUCACCCAGUUCCGCACCGUGUGGAUCCCCUGGAACGUCUUCUACGUGAUGGACACGCUGGUGAUGAAGAAGGAGGAGAACGACAUCCCCAGCUGCGACCUGAGCGGCUUCGUCAGGCCCGGUCCGGUCAUCGUGUCCUCUCCGCUGUCCACCUUCUUCAGGUCCUCCCCCGAGGACAGCCCCAUCAUCCCCGAGACGCAGGUCCUUCAAGAGGAGACGGCCAUCCCGGGAAGUGAUCUCAACCUGGUGUACCUCAGCUCACGGGCGGCCGGGUACAAGCCCAUCCUUAAGGUGACCAUGACCCAGGCCGCCAUCCCCUUCAACCUGAUGAAGGUCCACCUCAUGGUGGCCGUGGUGGGGCGUCUGUUUCAGAAGUGGUUCCCCGCCUCGCCGAACCUGUCCUACACCUUCAUCUGGGACAAAACCGACGCGUACAACCAGAGGGUCUACGGCCUUUCAGAGGCAGUGGUGUCUGUGGGGUUCGAGUAUGAAUCCUGUCUGGAUCUGAUUCUCUGGGAGAAGAGAACGGCCAUUUUGCAGGGAUAUGAACUGGAUGCAUCCAACAUGGGCGGGUGGACUCUGGACAAGCAUCACAUAUUAGAUGUACAAAAUGGCAUCCUGUACAAAGGGAACGGGGAGAACCAGUUCAUCUCCCAGCAGCCCCCUGUGGUCAGCACCAUCAUGGGGAAUGGCCGUCGGCGUAGCAUCUCCUGCCCCAGCUGCAACGGCCAGGCGGACGGGAACAAGCUCCUGGCGCCGGUGGCUCUGGCCUGUGGCAUCGACGGCAGCCUGUUUGUGGGUGACUUCAAUUACAUCAGGCGGAUCUUCCCCUCCGGGAACGUCACCAGCGUCAUGGAGCUGAGGAAUAAGGAUUUCAGACAUAGCAACAAUCCCGCUCACAGAUACUAUCUGGCAACCGACCCGGCCACAGGACAGCUGUACGUCUCGGACACAAACUCCCGCAGGAUAUACAGGCCCAAGGUCCUGACGGGGACCAAAGACCUGCUCCAGAACGCGGAGGUGGUGGCGGGGACAGGAGAGCACUGCCUGCCCUUCGACGAGGCUCGCUGUGGGGACGGGGGCAAGGCCACCGAGGCCUUACUCAUGGGGCCCAAAGGUAUUGCAGUUGAUAAGAAUGGAUUUAUAUACUUCGUUGACGGAACCAUGAUCCGGAAAGUGGAUCAAAACGGAAUCAUCUCCACCCUCUUGGGAUCGAAUGACCUCACCUCGGCCCGACCUCUGACCUGUGACACGAGCAUGCACAUCCGUCAGGUUCGCCUCGAGUGGCCCACGGAUCUGGCCAUUAACCCCAUGGACAACUCCAUGUAUGUGCUGGACAACAACGUGGUGCUGCAGAUCUCUGAGAGCCGGCAGGUGCGCAUCGUGGCCGGGCGGCCCAUGCACUGCCAGGUGCCGGGCAUGGAGUACGGCACGGGCAAGCUGGCGGUGCAGACCACGUUGGAGUCGGCCAGUGCCAUCGCCGUGUCCUACAGCGGCGUGCUCUACAUCGCCGAGACGGACGAGAAGAAGAUCAACCGCGUCCGGCAGGUGUCCACGGACGGCGAGAUCACCCACCUGGCGGGGGUCCUCUCCGAGUGCGACUGCAAGAACGACGUCAACUGCGACUGCUACCAGACCGGCGACGGCUACGCCAAAGACGCCAAGCUCAACUCGCCGUCCUCGCUGGUGGUGGCACCUGACGGCACCCUGUAUUUCGCCGACCUGGGCAACAUCAGGAUCCGGGCAGUCUUCAGGAACGGACCACCUCUGAACUCCAUGGGCUUCUAUGAGGUGGCCUCGGCCACAGACCAGGAGCUGUAUGUCUUCGACACCAACGGCACGCACCAGUACACCAUGAGCCUGGUCACCGGCGACUACAAGUACAACUUCAGCUACAGCAACGAGAACGACAUCACCGCGGUUACGGACAGCAGCGGAAACACGCUGCGCAUACGUAGGGACCCCAACCGCAUGCCCGUCCGCAUCGUCUCCCCCGACAACCAGGUCAUCUGGCUGACCAUCGGGACCAAUGGCGGGCUGAAGAGUCUCACCGCCCAGGGUCUAGAGCUGGUCCUCUUCACUUACCAUGGCAACAGUGGCCUCCUGGCAACCAAGAGCACGGAGAUUGGCUGGACAACUUUCUUUGACUAUGACAGCGAGGGCCGGCUGACAAAUGUUACCUUCCCGACCGGAGUGGUGACCAAUCUGCAUGGAGAGAUGGAAGGGGCCAUUACAGUGGACAUCGAGACCUCUGGGAGAGAGGAAGAUGUCAGCAUCACCACUAACCUCUCAUCCAUUGAUUCCUUCUACACUCUGGUUCAAGACCAACUGAGAAACAGCUACCAGGUGGGCUACGAUAACUCCCUGCGGAUCAUCUACGCCAACGGAAUGGACACGCACUACCAGACGGAGCCCCACAUCCUGGCAGGGGCCGCCAACCCCAUCGUGGCCCGCCGCAACAUGACCCUGCCGGGGGAGAACGGGCUGAACCUGGUGGAGUGGCGCUACCGGAAGGAGCAGACCAGGGGCAAGGUCAUUGUGUUUGGGAGAAAGCUGCGGGUAAACGGAAGGAACCUUCUGUCCGUGGACUACGACCGAACGCUACGGACGGAAAAGAUAUACGACGACCACCGCAAGUUCCUGCUGAAGAUCAUUUACGACGCCUCGGGGCACCCCACCCUGUGGGUGCCCAGCAGCAAGUUGAUGUCGGUGAACCUGACGUACUCCAGCACCGGUCAGAUCACCAGCAUCCAGAGGGGACCCACCACAGAGAAGGUGGAGUACGACAGCCAAGGCCGACUCAUCUCCCGAGUCUUCGCCGAUGGAAAGACCUGGAGCUACACCUACUUGGAGAAGUCCAUGGUGCUGCUGUUGCACAGCCAACGGCAGUACAUCUUCGAUUAUGAUUUAUUGGAUCACCUGUCGGCCGUCACGAUGCCAAGCGUGGCCCGCCACACCAUGCAGACGAUCCGCUCCAUCGGCUACUACCGCAACAUCUACACCCCCCCGGAAAGCAACGCAUCCGUCAUCGUGGACUACAGCGAGGAUGGGCAGCUGUUGAGGGUCGCACACCUCGGGACGGGCAGACGGGUCCUGUACAAGUACCGGCGGCAGACCAAGCUGUCGGAGAUCCUGUACGACAGCACCCGGGUGAGCUUCACCCACGACGAGACGGCGGGGGUCCUGAAAACCGUCAACCUGCAGAGCGAGGGCUUCAUCUGCACCAUUAGGUACCGGCAGAUCGGACCCCUGGUGGACCGCCAGAUCUUCCGCUUCAGCGAGGACGGGAUGGUGAACGCUCGCUUUGACUACACCUACGACAACAGCUUCCGCGUGACCAGCAUGCAGGGCGUCAUCAACGAAACCCCGCUGCCCAUCGACCUCUACCAGUUCGACGACAUCUCGGGGAAGGUCGAGCAGUUCGGCAAGUUCGGCGUCAUCUACUACGACAUCAACCAGAUCAUCUCCACCGCCGUCAUGACCUACACCAAGCACUUUGAUGCGCACGGCAGAAUCAAAGAGAUCCAGUACGAGAUAUUCCGCUCACUGAUGUACUGGAUAACCAUACAGUACGACAACAUGGGUCGCGUCACCAAGAGGGAGAUCAAGAUUGGCCCCUUCGCCAACACCACCAAGUACGGCUACGAGUAUGACGUGGAUGGCCAGCUGCUCUCUGUCUACCUGAACGAGAAGAACAUGUGGCGCUUCAAUUACGACCUGAACGGGAACGUCCACCUCCUGAACCCCGGGACCGCCGCACGCCUCACCCCACUCCGCUACGACCUGAGGGACCGGAUCACCCGCCUGGGGGACAUCCAGUACAAGCUGGACGAGGACGGCUUCCUACGCCAAAGAGGUUCCGAGAUAUUCGAGUACAACUCCAAGGGCCUCCUGGUGCGGGUCUACAGCAAGGGCAACGGCUGGACCAUCCAGUACCGCUACGACGGGCUGGGGAGGAGGGUCUCGAGCAGAACCAGCCUGGGGCAGCACCUGCAGUACUUCUACGCAGACCUGAAUUACCCCACCCGGAUCACCCACGUGUACAACCACUCCAGCUCCGAGAUCACUUCCCUCUACUAUGACCUCCAGGGCCACCUCUUCGCCAUGGAGAUCAGCAGCGGGGAGGAGUUCUACAUCGCCUGCGACAACACGGGCACACCGCUCGCCGUCUUCAGCAGCAAUGGCCUCAUGAUCAAGCAGGUCCAGUACACGGCCUAUGGGGAGAUCUACUUCGACUCCAACCCGGACUUCCAGCUGGUCAUCGGCUUCCAGGGAGGCCUGUACGAGCCUCUGACCAAGCUGCUGCACUUCGGAGAACGGGACUACGACAUCAUGUCCGCCCGGUGGACCAUUCCCGACAUCGCCGCCUGGAAAAGAGUGGGCAAGGACCCCGCCCCGUUUAAUUUGUACAUUUUCAGGAACAACAACCCUGUCAGCAAAAUACACCAAGUUAAAGAAUAUGUCACAGAUGUCAACAGCUGGCUAGUGACAUUUGGUUUCCAUCUUCACAAUGCUAUUCCUGGCUUUCCAAUCCCCAAAUUCGAUCUGACAGAACCGUCUUUUGAACUGAAGAAGAGCCAGCUUUGGGAUGAUCUGCCGUCCAUCUCUGGGGUCCAGCAGGAAGUAAUAAGACAAGCAAAGGCCUUCCUGUCCUUUGAGAGACUGCCAGAGAUCCAGCUGAACAGACGACGAGCCAGCAGGGAGAAGUCGUGGCUCUGGUUCGCCACAGUCAAGUCCCUCAUCGGGAAGGGAGUCAUGCUAGCCGUCAGUCAGGGCCGGGUGGUCACCAACGCCCUCAACAUCGCCAACGAGGACUGCAUCAAGGUGGCGGCCGUCCUCAACAACGCCUUCUACCUGGAGAACCUGCACUUCACCAUCGAGGGCCGCGACACGCACUACUUCAUCAAGACCAGCCUGCCCGAGAGCGACCUGAGCGCGCUCAGACUGACCAGCGGGCGCAAGUCGCUGGAGAACGGCGUGAACGUGACCGUCUCGCAGUCCACCACGGUGGUGAACGGCAGGACUCGCAGGUUCGCCGACGUGGAGCUGCAGCACGGCGCGCUGGUGCUGCACGUGCGCUACGGGACCACCCUGGACGAGGAGAAGGCCCGGAUCCUGGAGCAGGCCCGGCUGAGGGCCCUGUCCCACGCCUGGGCGCGGGAGCAGCAGCGCGUGCGCGACGGAGAGGAGGGGGCCCGGCUGUGGACAGAGGGGGAGAAGAGGCAGCUACUGAGUAGUGGGAAAGUGCUAGGAUAUGAUGGGUACUAUGUACUCUCCAUAGAGCAAUACCCAGAGUUAGCCGACAGCGCUAACAGCAUACAGUUCUUACGGCAAAGCGAAAUAGGGAAGAGGUAACAGACUGUUCUCUACCGGCUGCCAAAGAGACUGCCCUUGACC